AUGACUUCUAACACUUCUGGCGGUCCCCUGGGCGUGGCUCCACCGAAUCCAGCUGGGAAAAUCCGUAUGACGCUGCACUACAAUGUGGACCUGGAGAUCCUCGAGAUCACUGUUCACCGCAUUGAGCAAGUUUCCGUUUUUUGCGUUUUGAUUCAUUUUGGGCUUCAGCCAGAUGGCCUGACUGGGGUUAACAAACACGGCACCGCCGAUGCCUAUGUGAAGCUGCUCCUCCUUCACUCCAAUCAUUCUGAUCUGGAUGACUCAAAGAAGACCAAGGUAGUCUACGGUGAACUCAGUCCCGUUUUCGAGGAGAGCUUUGACUUCGCCAUCAGACAACAGGAGUUGGAGUUUUGUACUCUGCGAAUAGACGUAAAACAACACUCCAAAUUCUUCUCCCGAAAGAGUGCCAUGCCCCUGCUUGGCAGCACCUCUAUCGAUCUGCAGACCCUGGAAGUUGGACGCGGCUGCACAGAA